CUUUGAAGAGGAGAAACAAGAUAUCACCCUAAUUCAUAGUCUGUAUCGUAAUUGGUGGUGAAUUUUAGAGGCUCUUCACAUAAAUUCAAUCGUAUAUGAAAAUUCAGGUGUCAUGGGGUCCUUUGCCUGCUGAAGCUAGUCCCUGAGUUUGUCAACCAUGAAGAUCCAUUGUCUCUUCUUCAUAUUACCAGUUUUAUUCUCGUCACCUACUCCAGGUCUCUCUGGAAGGGUUCUGUUUCCUCUAUCUUGUAUUGGGAGCAGUGGCUUCUGUUUUCCAUUCAGAUGCCCUCAUAACCGGGAAGAGAUUGGCAGAUGUUUCUUCCCCAUACAAAAAUGCUGCAGAAGACAGAAGUAGAAAUAAGGAAAGCCAACUGCCAAGACCAUGGUGGAGCGGGAAGCCGCUCCCCUAAG